UAAGGGGCUGCACUGUGAGAAGGGGAAGUGUGAACAGCAGCAGCAGCAGCAGCAGCAAAGUUUGUGAAACCGUCAGAACGCGGACAGACUAUUCAGAUACAGACUAUUCUUCUAAACAGGUCUGGUCAGAGGGUGCAACAUCAUGUCUCAACACUGUCUCAAGUUUUUAAAAUACACCAUGUGUGUCGCCAACUUCCUUUGUUUUAUGUGCGGCGUGGCGGUUCUGGGCUUUGGCAUUUUCAUGAUGGUGAGUUUCAGGAUGGCCGCACUCCUCCCCAGCCUGGCCAGUCUCAACAUGGCCAACUUACUGCUGAUCAGUGGCAUUGUCAUCACGUGCGUGUCCUUCCUGGGGUUCCUGGGUGCUCUGAAGGAGAACCGCUGUCUCCUCCUGAUGUAUUUCCUGCUGCUGUUCCUUCUGAUGCUGGUGGAGCUGACUGCAGCAUGUGUGCUACUCUUUUUCGAGGGACAGAUUGCUGCUAUGAUCAAAGAGGAUCUCAACAAGAGUUUGAAAGAUUCCAAAGAAGGUACUAGAAAUUCAACAGAUGUACUGAAUGAGUGGGAUCUGGUUCAGAAUGAGCUACUCUGCUGUGGAGUCCAAAAUGUGUCGGACUGGGGAGACAAGGUGCCGAAAUCUUGCUGCGAGCAAGAAUGUGACAUUGCCGAGCCUCCUUACAAGGAAAAGGGUUGUUUGGACAAAAUGAGGAUCUUGUUUGAGGAUAACUUUCUUCUCACUGGAAUUUCUGUCAUCAUCCUCUGCAUUAUUGAGGUUUUGGGGAUGUGUUUCGCCAUGACGCUCUUCUGCCACAUCAGUCGAUCUGGACUGGGCUACAAGUUAUAGACCAGUGGAGGGCAAACAGUGGCCUAUGGACCAAAUUAGGCCCCCCUCAGAAAACUAUUUGGCCGUUCAAAGAGAGCUGAACAUUUUGCUUCAUUAUUCACAAAUCUACUGUUGGCAAAUGUAAAUAACUGUUGAUUAAAUGUUGUCCCUUUUCCGUGGCGACAAAAACAGUAAUAUUUUUAACCAUAAAUGACAAAGGUCUCUAUGUUGAGUUCGAGUUAAUCAUCAAUUACAAUUUAAAUCUAAUUGUGUAAAAAUAUUUGUUUUUUUUCAAAAAUGUUUUACAGCAACACAAGCAGCACUCACUAGCUAAAAUCUUGCUCAAUUGAAAAAAUAUUGUUAAUACAACUGAAACAGGACAUGAGGCUGCAUCUCCAGUGUAGCUGUAGAACAUUGUCCUUGCUCACAGUAACACCUGCUGAUGACAUGUUAUAGACUAUAUUCACUUGUAAACAACAAAUCUUUUACCUUUGUAUUUCAGAAUUAUUUAUUGUACAGGUUUGUCUUUCACAGUUUUCUGAGAUCAGAAUCAUGUUUAAUAUUUUUGAACACAGCGAUGAGAGCUGCAUUGUGUUCCAUUUUUAACUCCGCAGACUUUCUCGUGUACAUGCAAAACUAAAAAUGUUUCAGAUGCCGUCCAAAUCACAUGAUCUGAUGAGAUAAGGCUGUGUUAAAUGCUAUGUGUGUCUGUGCAAACAUCUCCACACUUAUUACAUUUCAUCAGGAAUAAUGUUUUAAUAAUUACAAUCUAUAUCACAUUAUUCCACAAACAUUAACUGACAAAAUUAAAAAAAACUAUAAAAUACCAAUAAAAUAUUGUUUACAGUAUUAAAAACUGUAUCCUCCAUUUUGACACAUCUACAUGUUCUUAUAAGCGUUUCCUGUUUAGCUCAGUUCACCGAUCCGUGGUGAAGCUGUCAAUUUAACCACUUCCUCUUCUGAUCCUGUUCAACCAACACUUCUUCUCUGUCAGCCAUUCGUGUUAUAUGUUCAGUUCCCCCUUGUUAAUCACAUUUAAGACAAAAUAUGUUCUUUCAAAAUACAGAAACAAACUAAACACGAUUCCGGCCGUCUCACAAGAGAUGUGCGAAGCGAGCAGAAAAAGUUAAAUACAAGCAGGUAACACAGAAGAAUUUAUUUAUUUAAAGAAUAAAUCCUGCAUCAAUAUUUUAAGACAAAAAAAAAAACUAAAAAAAUACUAAGAUUUCCUUUACACUUUAAAAUAAUUUUGUUCUUUUUGAAACAUCACACAAAAAAUAGAAACAAGUACAAUUUUUUUAAUUAAAAAAUGUAACUGUACACAGCAGAAUAUACCAUUUAUUGCAAACGGAACAACCCUGACACCUCAGUAACUAUAAACACAAGUAUUGUAAUUCACCUACAGAUAUGAAAAGACAAAAAAAAACUAUUCUGAUACAGCUCUCAUCCUCUUGUCACUCAGACAAUCAGCUGUGUUAAGACUGGUUUUCUCCUCCAGUGGCCCUGUGAGUCUCCAGAGGCAGCACAGUAUCUUGAAUGAGGCAAGACGCCGUUCAGGUCCAUUUUUACAGGGAUUUCCAGUGAGUGUGGCACUUGCUUCCCUCCUCCUUUUCGUUACCUGAUGAACACAGUCGUCUGUGACAGUCUUUCACAGUCCACACUAACAAAAAACUGAGCCACAAUGAUUAAUUGUCCUUUGUGAACAGGCAAAUACAGAGUCCUUGGCUACAGCAAGUCCCUCUGAGCAACGAUGCACUCAAGUCACCGAUUCACAGGAAACCUGGUCCGACAUUGUUAAAAAGUAUUCCUGAUCUUGCGUUCUGAUUUUAAAAAAAAGAAGACAUUCUGUCCUUGCUAUUGCUCAAAGAUUAUACAAAGCAAGUGCCUUGUUUAGAAACGAUGGGUUUGUUUCAUUCAGCAGCCUCAGACCAUUCAAAUACUUAAAAGCUACACUUAAAUAUCACAGGACAGGCUCAAGUUUAUCACACCACUCACCAAAAUAACAAGGUACUUUUACAGUAUUCUGAAGUGUUGCCAUUAAUAAACGCUAUCGUAGUGAAACCCUAUGAACAAAAUGUUGCAAAAACUACGUUGUGCUAAAGAUGUCUAAAAGAACAGCCAUGACAAAUGCCCCUGCAGUAAACGGUAUCAGAAUGAAAGUGAUUUAAAGGGACAGACAGUACCGUGCCUAAAAAAACCAUUCUUGUUGGAGAGGCCGCGGAGAUGACAUGAACGUUUCAAAGAGUGAUCGGUCUGUGGAAACAUUUCGUCCACCUCAGAGAGCCGUGGUCAUCAAUAAAUAACAGCAAGACAAGCACUGUCUUUUUCAACCCCAGUUCAUAAAUGCCCACCCCCCACACCUAACCAUGAUCCACCAGUAUAACUGGAAUGAGUAAGAAUAGUUCGGGUUACCAGCCCCUAGUUUCACAACACUAAAGUUUCAAGGUUUAAACAUCUAAUCUGCCGACAGUUCGUCAACAACUGACAGACAUAAACAUCUGUUCCACUUCAUGCUCAGUCACAUCACAUACAGUAUUAAACAGGAAGCCAGUCAGCAGAGCACCCAACACCGCCUAAGACUUCACCCUCACAGCUGCUGCAAGUCUAUUGACACUCGAGUGUGACGCUAAAAACCUUGUAUGCAUCAUAAAGCUAAUACAUUGAGCUCUGAACUGAUCAACUCCAACCAGAGGAGCAACCAGUGCUUGAACAACUAAAUCGAAUAGCAAUCCUAGCUGUUACUUUUAAAUCCAGGAAAAAGACAGGUCACACAGAGCAGAGUGCUACAGAAAUGUAGAACAUCUAAUAAAAGCCCUGAAAGAUACAAUCUGAAGGAAGGAGCUGCUCUUUCUUCGCUCUGUAUUUGUAUCCACCCAACGAUCAGCAACAUGCCUACGUAGGAUUACAGGAAUUUCAGUGGACGCCGUGACCAUAAGUAGAAAACUGGACAAUGUCCAACUGCUGUGAACAGAGACAUAAACUUAACAAUUUCAACACAAGGUCCUUUUAGUGGCUGCUCUGGCUUCUGAUCAUUUCACUCAACACAGUCUCCAUGAAGAAUUGGAGUUCACAAGAUACUUAAUGGAUCAUGGGCUGAGAUCUGCUGUUUCUGACAACAAGGAUCAACUCCUUAAUGCAUCAAGUCCUUAAAGUGCUGAACAUCCACAAUUCUAUGACCAUUGGGCAAACCGUUACAGAAACUAGUAUUAUCCAAAUGUCUACUUUUGUGUCUUAUUUGCAGGAAAGUGUAAAAUAGUUGGGUGGACACCUAACUAUGCCGAGAACUACUUGUGUGCGACUGUGACUGGAAAGAUCGGGUAUGAAUCUACUGACAGAACCUUUAAAGUACAACUACUGCUGAUGCUGACGUUUGUUCUCUGUAACUUGUUUGGCGGAAGGUCAAAGCUCGAGUUUCUCAAGUAUGGCUUUUAUUUUGUCUCUAAUAAUCUGAUUGCAUCAGGCAUGGCAAAUUCUGCUGAGAGCAGAUCUGAAACCCCAGAGCAGACGCCACAUCCUGUUCUGUUGGAAGCCCCACUGGAAUCAUUGCCAUUGGUAGCGCAGGCACUAACAACAGAUAUACAGCGUCUCCCACCAGUGUCACAGAUCAGAGAAGCUGAGAGAGAAAGAGUGCAGCUCUCACAUGGUUCAGCACAAAGUCCCACCUUCCACCUCCACGUCUCAUGGGUCAACAUCGGUGUACAGUGCUUUUACAUAGGAUUAUCUUUAAAAUCAUCUUUACAAUCCUCGAAAGGGCUCAGCGUGUCCCAAACUAAACUUAAGUUCCAUGAUGUAUAUUGCUUUCAGUGGGAGCAGUGUUUCACUUAAGUCUGCACCCCGAUCAACAAGGCACAAGAAGUCACCUCCAACAACUGGAGCAGCCGUCAUGUUCGCCCAAUCCUGACGUGACUUCAGUGUCAACAAGAGCCCAUAAUGCAGCAGAGACACUGACCUCUAAACUACAACCCACACACCACUGUAGUUCCAGCUUUGAUUAGGAAGGUCUUAAAGCAGCUGUAGCCUGUAUUUUGACCCUGUGUUAUUGUUAUGUAAGGCAGCUGGUAUUAACCAUUUCAGCUUAAGUUACUAUACAUCCACCUAUUGGAAAGUUAUUGCAUCAUGAAGCUGUAUACACCUGAGCAUUGCCUAAGGGGUCAAAAAGAAAGCGUGGGAAAAGAAUGGAAGCUUCCGCCCCCAUGUGUUCAUUUACUAUGUUGGACAAAAGACAUCAGCAACUAGUUCCAGGACUGAAGCAGAGAUAACACUGUGAGCAACAUGGUCAACAAGCCACUGUUUAGCUCAAUCAUUCUUGUCCAGAGGUGAGAGCAGGAAAGGUCUUUCUAUUUAAGCAUUAAAAACUAGCUGAAGAAUAUAAACAUGUUGAAUUACUGUGUCAUCAUGCUUCCAUCAACAGAUUCCCAUGCUUUCGUGUUUUUGAAAAGUUCUGCCUGGAAAAAAGCAACAGAACAAAACAUUCGGACAUUGACUUCUAGUUUCCUGGUCGUCUGCAACGGUUGUUCUAAAGAUGAUGACAGGCAUAAAUCAAAACCAACACCUGACAAAUGUACUACAGUGGGAACACAUUCAAAAUAGACUUCCAAAGACUCGAGACAGAAUUCUUGAAGAGAGAUAAGGGAGGCAGGGAGAUGCUCCGAGGCUAUGAUGGCAUGUUUUUGGCCCUGUCUCAGAGUGUGGCCAUUUGGAUCAGUUAAAACACAUUUGAAUUUAAAGACAUGUUGUAUAGCCACAUUCAUUAGAAGCUCACUACGCCCCUUAUAUGUCGUUAUUUUCUCAUUUCACACCUUCCACAGAAUGUCCAAACCAAAGAAACCAAUUACCACGUCACUCACAGUGUCAGUACUUCCACCCAAGAACCACAGUCGUACUUUAAGUGUAUGCGUGUGGGCACAUAUGCAUGAAUCAUAGUAGCUAAUCCAUGGUGCAAGGUUUGAGGGCAUUAAGAGUACGUUUCAAGCAGUGGGCUGUCAGGUGGGACAAGUGUUUCUCAAGUUCUAGGUAUAGAAAAAAACUUAAAGUGAAAUCUCAUAAAAUGUAGCAGCAAUACAACUUUUACCUUAAGGCUACAUCUUACUAGGAUCUGUCAAUUCCUCUUUAGGCUAAAAUGACAAUAAUUUCUGAUAUGACCUCAGUAAAAGCUAUCAUAACUCCAAUCCUGGAAUCGGGAGGGUGAUGACAUUCUGAUUUUAAACUAGCAGGAACGGAAUCUGUAGAAUAAAUGAGUUGGGGGUAGACCAAUAGUUUGAUUUAACACAAGAUUACAUGUCAACCUGCCAUACUCACCCAUUUCUGAAAUUUUGGGAGUUGUUAGUUGUCGGUCUACUGAGCCCCGAAUCUGAACAUUGUAAUAUUCUCCUGGGUGUCCUGUGAUGAUUUAACUGAUGUUUUUUAAGGUUUUGUUUUAGUGCCCUGACAUAAAUAAAAUGUGUGGGAACACAAUAUUUUGACAUGGAAAUGUUGAAUAUCAGUAAGAUUCUUCCCUGGAGAAUAUUGGUCCUAACAAAUUAAUCCUGUGUUCAACCUGAAUUUAAAUACAAGUCAGGUAAAUAAUAUCACAAUUUGAAAUAAUUUUGAUUCAGGAAUUGAUAGCGGAUUAAGAUGGAGCAUGAUUCAGUCAUGUUUGUAAUUACUCUGAAGAAAAUUACUGAAUCCAGCUGAAUCCAAUUUGGCCUGUUGUAUUGUUCCCAGUAAAUUGGGUUUUAAGACUUUAAAAGAUUAUAAAGGGGAUUAGAAUGCACAUCUCUAUCUAAUGCAUAUCUCUGAUUUGGAUAUACAGCCGAUAAGACCAGGUACUGCUGAGACAACUCAACUUCCACAGGUAAAAUCCUCUUUUGGUGUUUGACCUGUGGCAGUUGACAGGUGGAUCGAUGGAAGCUUGGGUUCAAAAGAACUUGGCAAUUUGAAAGACAAAGAAGUGCCUGCUCAAGUACAUCUGUCCAUAUAAAGACAUGCUAUUCUAAAGUGUUGGAAGACAAGGUCAAAUAGAUUUACAAAGAUUCACAACUUUCUGUUUUUCAAUUCUUGCUUGUACGUGCAGACAGUUUCAUGAAGGCAGCUCAUUUGAAUUUUUCACCUUUCUGCAUAUUUCAGUGUAUGGAGCUACAAACCUAUUGUACGCAUAUAAAGGUCUAAGUAUCUCCCACUGCCUCCUCAAGCUGCUUUGUAAUUGUGACUAAAUAUAGUUUGUGUCUGCAGUAAUGACUGGAGGUUCAGAUUGAGACGAAAUAUCUUAUCUUUAA